AUGGCGCGAGGCUUCGAUCAUGAUAGCGCCUCUGAUGUGGCAAAACUACAAGCGCGGAGGGCACUGUCUUGGCUACAUGGGCCUGGACUCAGAGCUGCGACAGCAGUAGCCCUCACCGUCGCGCACCGGGUGCGCAUAAACCUGGUCGCCAGAAGACUGCUGAGCUUACCGCACGCGUUGGUUGCUAUUUGGAUAGUCAUUUUAUUAUGGGGGGAGCGCUGGGUGUAUGACAGUAAAGUCGAGAGCUGCAGCUGGGAUCAUUGGGAAUCAUGGCCCAAAGGAACACACCCGCAUCGCAUGGUCCUAAUCGCAGACCCUCAGAUCACCGACCCUCACUCAUACCCGGGCCGUUCCUGGCCGCUCUCGACGCUGACGGUGACAAUUACGGACAACUAUCUGCGACGAGGCUACAAGGCGCUCCAGAGUCACCUGCACCCCGAUAGCGUGUUUUUUCUGGGUGAUCUCUUUGACGGCGGCCGCGAGUGGAAAACACGACAGGAGGGGUUCGUCGACCCGAAAUGGGGCAGCGAACGAUCGGGCGACGAGAAGAAAUGGGUCAACACCUGGCACCGCAAGUACGGCGAGGACUUUUGGGUGCGCGAAUAUCAGCGUUUUGCCGAAAUUUUCUUUGACAACUUUAACCUGGGAGGCUCUGUACCAGGCCCGUACCAGAGAGGACGUCGCUUGGUCGCCAGCUUACCCGGGAACCACGACCUCGGCUUUGGCGCGCAGGUGCAGAUCCCGGUGCGCAACCGAUUUAGCGCCUACUUUGGCGAUGUCAACCGCGUAGACGUCGUGGGAAAUCACAGCAUUGUCUCGGUCGACACAGUAUCGCUAAGCGCCGACACAUCAGAUUACAAGCACUCGCACGAUCUGGCGCCCAUCUACGGACCUGUCAACGAGUUCCUGGACGAAGUGCAGUCCACCAAGCGCAAGCUUGCCAUGGAGGAACUCAAGGUGUGGCAUGAUAUUGAUCGUGAUUUCCGCUUCAAGCACCAGGUAACGGAUCUUGAAUCAUCGGACACGACCCGAUCGCCCAGAGACCCCGGCGCUGGCCAUGCCGAGCUCCCUACGAUUCUUCUUUCCCAUGUACCGCUAUAUCGCGAUCCUGGAACACCUUGCGGUCCUAUGCGCGAACACUGGCCGCCAGCGAAGCGACCCAAGGGCCAGGCCGAGCCGGUCAACCCCGACCACCGCAACGCCAUCACUGUCGCUGCCGGCUACCAGUACCAGAACGUCCUCAGCGAGGAAGACUCUGUCAAAUUGAUCAAGAAUGUUGGCAACGUUGUACAUGUUUUUUCAGGCGACGACCACGACUACUGCGAGCUUGUCCACUCCGAGGCCAAGGGUGGCGUGAGAGAAAUCAGCGUCAAGAGCAUGAGCAUGGCCAUGGGAGUCUCAAGCCCAGGUUUCCUCAUGCUCAGCAUGUACAAUCCCGUCGACGCUGAUGGCAGGCCUAUGCCGGGGGCACCAAAGACAACGCUGCAGACGCACCUCUGCCUACUCCCGAACCAGUUCCACACUUAUAUGCGAUAUAUCCUCUUCGGAUUCCUGUCUCUCGCCGUGCUCGCUAUCCGCGCGUUCCUCGUGCCGACACUCAAUCUGACGCCGUUUGCGCUGGAGCCCGAGCAGGCUGGCCACUCGCUUCUGCCUGUGUUUAAAGACAAGGCCGAGCCACCCGAAUCACGCACGCACGGCUCUUCCUCCCAAGGCAUGUCAUCCACGAGCAGGCUGUCGGCCGGAGCGGCAACCGUCUCGCGCAGCACGUCCAACGGCUCGGCGCCACGCUGGCCGGCCAAGAAGAGCGUCGGCAAGGGCGGCUCCCGCGGCAGCGGCGGCCGCUGGGGCUGGGGCGACGACUAUAGCGGCGCCCACGGGCGCGGCCCGCGCAUCAACCUUGACACGGAGUUUUACGACGACGGCAAGCAGUGGAAGGCGGGUCGCGGCCAGAAGGUGGUCAAGAUCAUCACGAGAGAGUUUUGGACAACGGCGUGGCGUGUGGCGUGGAUGACAGGCCUGAUGUGGGUGCAGUUCACAAGACGAGGAUGA